AUGCGUUCGCCUGCUUUUCCCGACAUUCCAAUCUAUCUGGAUACAGGCGAUGAACGAAUCACAGCAAAGACAUACGGUACAACACCAACUACGCCAACUACACCAGACAUCAUCCCUCCUCAACGACCAACACACCUGAGUCCGUCACAUAUCAACGCGCCACCCAUCAGCCCGGCCGAGCCAAGCCCUACAACCACUAUCGAGACUUCCAGUUGUCGGUCAGUCAUCUGGCCUAUUCCAGAACCACCACCAGAGAUCCAGCACCAGUCUGAUUCUCGGCGACCGACUCUUCGCUUCUUCCCGACUGAACGCCCUCGAGUCCGUCUCGAUACCGUUCAUUCCCUGCAGGUCCCUUCCAUCAACGAGAAGACUCCGAUCAGUUACUAUCAUCCGGGACUCGGCAUCGUCAACGGACCUCCCAAGCCCCCAUCUAUCGAGAUCUCUCCACCCAUCAACGAGAAGUCCGAUCCGUCCGCAAACUUCGCACAACGCAUUGAGGAGACCCUAUGGAGGUACAGCGCUUCAGGCAAUGUAUACAAACGAUGGUUGCUUGAGCUUCUAAGCUGGCUGUUCAGUGCGUGCUGUAUGGCGGCUGUCGUCGGAGUCCUUAUCGGUCUUCAAGACAAACCACUUGCGAAGUGGGUCUUAGCGGAGAAGACUGGGUUGACACUGAAUACUUACAUUUCCAUUCUCUCCAAGAUGGCUGGCGCUGCCCUUAUACUACCUGUAUCGGAGGCACUUGGUCAGUUGAAGUGGAGCUGGUUCCUCGAACAUUCCAAGCAGAUGUGGGAUUUCGAGAUCUUCGACAAUGCAUCUCGAGGGCCGUGGGGAUCACUACUACUGUUGAUUCGUACUAAAGGCAAAGCACUGGCGGCGCUUGGAGCUAUGAUUAUGCUCUGCUCUCUGGCUCUUGACCCAUUCUUCCAGCAAGUGGUCGACUUCCCGGAUCGCUGGGCAUUACAAAAUACCACUAGUGCCAUCCCAAGGGCCCCGAUGUACAUGCCGCCUUACGUUCCUGAUUUCUUUCAUGGGGAAGAACAAGGACAAGAAGAUCGCGAUUUUACUCCUGUCAUCAAGAAGUUCCUCUAUGGCAACGGAACUCAGCCCAUUCCCUUUCUGAACGGUACAAAGCCCGAGAUACCUCUAUCGUGCCCGACGAGCAACUGCACAUGGCCAGAGUAUGAAACCCUGGCAGUUUGCAGUAGUUGUGCCGAGGUCUCUCAUCUCCUGGACAUCAAAUUCGACUGUCUAGUAGACACUACCGUGGAUUGGACUGCUACUUGGCAAGGGCCAUUGGACGAGGUACCCUACCCGAAUGGGACAGUGUGUGGAUACUUUCUCAACAUCACAAGUGCUGCGCCUAUUCUGCUCUCUGGGUAUGUUGCGCAUGCCGACGAGUCACAGAAUGUGACCAACGAGGCCUUGAUUGCCAGGACGAUACCUCUUUCAGAUUUCGACACCAAGGAGCCACUCUACGGCGUCGGUUCCGUGAACUACAAAGACAUCCGCAAUCCGAUUCUCGACGCUCUAAUUGCAUCAGCAAUUGACGGCCCAGCAAGCGUGUUCCGCAACGAUACACCUGUGGUACAUGAGUGCAUCCUGUCAUGGUGCGUUCAAAGCAUCAAGUCGGCCUAUGACUGGGGAAAGUACACCGAGAAUGUUACUGCCACUUAUCUGAAUACACCUGACGAGCCGUUCUCAUGGCCAUGGGAGGUCUAUGAGGCUGAGACUGGCCAAGACCUUAUCUACACCCAAAACAUCACGCUCAAGCCGCCUCCAUCACGUUUACACCGAUUGAAUACAACGGCAUACGACAAAACAUACAGAGUCGAUAAUAUAACGGCAUACAAGACUAUGGGUGUUUUCGACGACUUCUUCCCUUCAUACUACACUCUAGAAGAUGGGUCUCCAGAAGCUUUGCUAAGUACGGACAUUCGAAGAGAAUCCAUGGCUAGCUUCCAAUAA